AUGGAAGAUUCUGUUGCAUCCAAGUCAAUGACGUUAGAGGAGACACUGUACCUGUUCCGCCACAUAUUUCUCCCACCAGAAGUUCCCCAGGCAGAAGAUUACAAUGUGCAACAAGAACAUCGUCUCCUCGAGAGCGUCGUUGAUGCUCUCCGCAGGUUCAGCGAUUACGUUCCGACCGCAGAUACUACUAUCGUACGUAAGGCCACCGAGAUGGUUUCUCGCCUAAGAAAAGCAUACAGCCCUCAUGGGGACGUUGAUGAAAAGCAGCUCGAGAUGAGUCUGGCAGAGCUACCUAUUCGGGGCGGAUUCCUCCCAAUUCACGUUCGCGAGCAAAACGCAGGAAUCCUCCUAUACUGGCAUAACGAUGCGAUACACAUCGAAUCUUUUGAGUUGUCAGCUCGCAAUGAAGCCGUUACAAUAACAGUGGGACGGCUGCGCCGUGCUUUCCCGGGUCCGACUAUGGUUAUGAAUAGGGCAACUUUCGAGGAACCCGGAUUCCGAGCGUUUAUGGCGCAAACGGUUUCGAGAAUGAGUCACCAGCCCGUUGCUGGAACCAAGCCAAGAGUCAAGAAGGCUGGACAGGAGCACGAUGAGACCAGGGACACCACGCAUCCCAAAAUGGUGACAGAGCUUCUCAUGUCGACUCUUCGUCCUCGAUGCACCGACAUCGCGUCUGUACAGAUUCAGAAGAACACUCGCGAGGAAGUAAUGUGGCGUGAUUGCCAAUCGCCGUGGCGCCGAUCUGCAUUAUGGCUCCUGGUGCGCGUGACACUGCAGCUAGUGUUUCGCAGACUGUCUACAGAAGGGAGCUUGGACGAUCUGUACAAACAAUUCAUGGUAUUCUUCAUGACCUCGAUAGUUGACAGGGCUUCAAUUGCAAUACCCUCCGAGAAUCUCUUUCUUAUGAAUGCCAAGAUCGUUCGCAGACUGCUGAAGCUUGACUUGGCAGUUGUGCCUGCCUGGUUCACCUCAGUUCAGGAAAUCUUGAGUCGUACAAGCAGCGCAGUUCAAGGCCAGUAG